AGCAGAGAAAUAUUCGUUUACUGUUUGUGGAUUUGCAGAAGGAAUUAUUUUUAAAUAUAAAUAAGUGUGCUUCUCUACCAAAUUUGAAAAAUUUUAAUAUAAGUUUCAAAUUGUUUUUAUGGACCCAAAUUGUGCAAAUAUGACAGGAGAACCUAACCAAGCAAAUCGCUCUUCUGUAUUUGGAUUUGAUCCCUACCCACCUCCAUACGUAAAUUGGAGUCAACCAGAUGUUUUUACUAACCCAGUCACACAGUUUCGGCCUGGACCAAGUCUCCAACAACCGCAACUAUGUAUGCCGAACACUGGUGGGCCAUCAUUUCCAGUACAGGGUCUGCCAGAACAGCAAGUUGGUAUACCAAAUGCAGUUCCUCAAUUUACUAUGACGUCUUUACCCCAGCAACAAGUCAAUUUUUCUUUUGGGGCUCCCAGGCCAACACAGGAUGUUGUGCAGUUCCCUUUUCAAAUCGCCUGCCAUGGGUUUGGCCAGAGGACCAUUCCAUCCAUUCGAUGCAAAAGAAAGACUGAUUCACCACCUUUACAACCGGUAAAGCAACAUAUUACCGAAGAGAAAAUGGCGGAACAUAUGUCCAAACUUCACAUAAGUUCAGAAUCUGUCGGGUCUUCGAAAGAAUCCGAUUCAGAUCGAACACAGAGGUUAUACAUGUGCGAAGAGAUGCGGAAAUUACAGACUGACUCACUAUUGCCUCAAAGUCUGAUAGCUCGAAUACAAAGACCCUGUACAGCUUUAGUCUUGUGGAAACCACCAACGAGAAUUUUACCAUUAGUAAAUAAUGAUAUCGAUGAAAAUGAAAAUAAUAACGAACAGCAACAACCCGAUAAUAAUGUACCGAACGAAUCCGAAAUGGAGAAUGAUCUAAAUAAUAUGGAUAUGGAUAAUUGCUAGGAAUUUUAACUAGUGGUUUUGUAAAGACUGAUUUUAGAGGUAAUUCAAAGAAGUGUCAUUUGUUAUUUCUAUUUAAGUGAAAAAACAUAUUAAAAUAUGACGAAGCUCAAACAUGGCAUAGCCCGUUUCUGUUUAAUAUCAAAAUUGCUUAAAUUUAUGUUUUUUUUAUGUUGUAUUUAAUUAAGUACUUGCUAAUAAAUAUAAAACAUAUGAUGUUAAGUGCUUUAAAUCUCAAAUAUCGGAGAGAGAUAAUUUUUUUGCAUUUAUUUCUGCAUUCUCAGUUGAAACUUACGGCUAGUUCAAGCAGCAUGAUCUGUGUAAACCUCAUAUAAGAGAAAUCAAUGCUCACUAUUGGUUGGAUAGUGACAUCGUAGUCGUAAAGAUGUUUGGUAGUUUAAACAUAUUUAGGUUGUUUUUUUUUUCAGCUGAUUGUCUCAAACGUAUCCAUAAGAAAGUGGUAGACGUAAAUAAUUGACAAUUUAAUUAUUUGUCAGUUGAAAAAAUUGCCCUUAAACGAUAAAGUAACCAAUAUACUUCUUGAAUUCACUACAGCAUGUGUACUGUAGGUACAUGCAAUGGUUUCUGAGAUUUCUAAAAAAAUUCCAACUAACUACAUGUUCUGCUGUUGACAGUAUUAUCAGCUUUUUUAGAAACAAAAAGAGUUUCCAUGUGAUCAUUUUUUCGGAAAUACGUUUUGCCUCUUCAAGUUCAAGGCAACAAAAUUUAAAAAAAUUUCAAUGUUAAAUCCGAGUCGUUAUCAAAAUCAUUACCAUUAAUACUUUUUCAAGACUUUUUGUUGAACUCUUCACAACGUCCUUUCACAAAAACCCUGUCACUUUCUGACGAAAUCUUUUCUAUAUCGUAUAUUACGUAAUGUCACUGCUUAUCAAGUCUCUGCUUGCAACGCACACAGUUCUCAAAAAUGUCAUCCUGAAUAUUAUGUUUCCUAGCAUCUUCGAGAGACUUCUUCUUCUUUCACUUGACCGAAACUGUCUCGUAGUUACCACUAACUUGUUGUUUUUACCUGUAGAUUUCUCCCUUAUGCUGUUAUAGUCAAGAUACCAUUUUCGUCCUGAUGAAAAUGUACAGAAAACUUAACGUCUCCAGCAUGUUUUUUUAGAAUGUUCGUAAUUGAGAACUCGCCUAAUUUAUUGUUGUAAAUUGUGUUUUUUCUCUCCCCUUCAUAAUUGUAAAUGUUGUUAUACUUUGAUUAUUAAAAGACGUUACUAAGUUACGGGAAACCUCAAUUGGCAAGCAAGAAUUUUUGAGCGGUUGAAUUUAAUUUGUAAACUUGAUUAUAUUGUGUAACUAAUGACUUCUGAACUUUAAGCAGAACUUUUUAAAAAAUAUCUGCCCAUAGUAUUACAAACCAUUUUUUUACAACUUGAUUGCGCCUUGAACUAGUUCGUAGUUUUGUAGCGGCAUUUUGAAUUUAUUGAAUUUAUUGUGAAACGAAACUGAUGUUAUUAUUCUCUUACUCUGAGAAGUGCCAACAUCAUCUGUAAUAUAAAAAAAAUGCUCAUGAAAUUAUGUAAUGCACUGCAUGUGGCACAUGUACAAUGUCUGAAUAUUAUUUUAAAACUCGUUUAAGUAUUAAGUAUUUUGUCUAAAAUUAAUCUUAAGAUUUUUCGGAUCUAUUUAAGUAAUGGUUUUUAGUAAUAAUUUUUUCUAAAUAUAAAAUUUUUUAAAUUGAAACUAUUUACUAAUUUUCAAGGAAUUGUAUAUCUUUGCAUUUUUAAUAUAGAAAAUUGUACAUAUUUUAAAUUAAAAGAGAUGUAUAAAUAUUUUAUAGAAAAUAUUAAUAAACCAUCAUCUAUUUUCUUCCUGAAGAAGUGACAUAUCAAUCAUAUAAAUAUUUUUUCAUAAAAUGUAUUAAUAUAAAAAGGAGCUUUUUUUUAAUAACCAUAAGAAAAUUUAAAGAAUGUUCCAAACUCAUUUCUCCAGGAAGACAAUUAUUUCAUCUUUAUUCCUUCCAAUAUUUAGUUUCUUCAGUUUUAUCCUCGCCAAGAAUUCUGUUAUCCAGAAGAAUUCACUUACUAAAUUUGUCCUAAAUAUAUUUAUGUUUAAAUCGGACCUUGACAAAGUUAAUUUAUUUAGGUUUGUUCCAAUAACAUUCUGGGACUAGUUUGAACCUUAAUUUCUUGAAAGUAUAAGUUGGAACAAAUUUUUGCUGUGGAUGGUAGUUCGUGAUUAAUUUCAGUCUUCUGAUGAAUUUAAUGCUUUGUGUUUAUUUAAUUAUUGCUGGAAUUACCUAUUACUGGAUAUCCAGUCAUUGAGUAUAAGUAGUGUAGCUCAUAAGACCGAAUGUAUUAUUUUUCUUCAAGUUCAAGCAUUUUAAAUGUUCAACAUUAAUCUUACUGCAUUCUGUUGGUGAUUUUGUAGUUUCGUAUAUAUUUUUUUAUAAUUUUAUAUAUUUAAAGUGUCAAAGAGAAGAUAAUUAACGCAAUUCUUAGUCGAAAAAGUUAAUUUAGAUUGGAUUCAAACAAUUAAAACACUAACAUUUCAAUUGCAUGUUCAAUUUUCACCAAUUACUUAAUCACAAAAAGUUAAAAGAAUAGGAAAAUAUUAAUUCUUCCAAACUUUUUCACUAAUAUUCUUAGAUUUUUUAAAUUAGUGUUUUGUUUUUACCUUUCGAAGUGCCUAGUAGAUGAAUAUAUAAACAGUUCAUGUACCAUAAGGGCGCUUGUAAACGACGGUUUUUUAGCUCUUUGUAAGCCCGGUGAAUCCACCCUAAAUUCAAUAGAUUCGUGGAUUCACCGGACUUACAAACGGCUAAAAAAACAUCGUUUACAAGCGGCCUAACCAUGUACAGAUUUUAUUAUUCAGAUAAUAUCGUGCUAAUACAAAAUAAUGCCCAAAUAAAUCCUUAAAUAAUGGCGAAAAGUUCAUUGUAUUUUUUAUUUAACAUUUUAUUGGCUUGCAAUAAACACAAUUACUUCUCUUUGAUAGUUUGACAAUUUCUGUUGAAAUACCUCAUAAUCAUGCUGCCACUUUUAAAAUAGUGUUUUAUUUUUAUAUUUUUCAUAAAAAUGUGAUUUUAAUGUGCUUUUUGUAUUUAGUAUUAACUGUCGUGAUCUACUUUGGUUUAAU